ACGAACGGCAUGCUGGGAUAGGACAUGUAAACAUCAGCUGGCCCAAAGAGGAAUAUAUGAUACAGCAAGAAUUUUAAUAACGAGUGUGUUUUCGAAACACUUUGUCAAAGGGGUUGGAUUCGGUCCAAAAGAAGGAUACACAAAGUUACGACGCAUCGGAAUGUGAUGAUAUUUUUAACAGAAAGGAGGGAACUCCUGUUCAAAUGCCAGCAACAGCAUGCUAAUGUUGCUUAGCUAGCUAGCUCGAGCUAAUACAUAUAGCUGGCUAGCUUCAGAAACAUCGUUUUCAUCAAACCUCCGGAUUUAUUCUCCAUUUAUGUAAAUUAGAAGUCCAUCCUUCAUCUGCAGUGAGGAUGGGAGUGAAGACCUUCACCCACAGCUCCCCCAGUCACAGCCAGGAGCUGCUGGCCAAGCUCAACGUCCUGCGCAGUGAUGGCCACUUCUGCGACGUCACCAUCCGUGUGCAGGGCCAGCUGUUCUCCGCUCAUAAGGUGGUGCUGGCCUGCUGCAGUGACUUCCUAAAGGCCAAGCUCUCGAGUAAACUGGGCCACAGGGACGAUGACAUGGCUGGCACUACAGGAGCUGAGGCUGAUAAACCAGUUCUAGACCUGCACCACGUGACGGUGGCGGGCUUCGCACCACUGCUGGAGUAUGCCUACACCUCCACGCUAUCCAUCAGCACGGAGAAUAUCAUAGACGUGCUGGCUGCUGCCAGCUACAUGCAGAUGUUUGGUGUGGCUAACACCUGCUCAGAGUUCAUGAAGUCCAGUAUCCUGUGGAACUCAUCCUCAGCUGCCGGGGCUGCCGCCAGCAGUGCCACAGCUAGUGCGCUCCACCGCCCCACAGAGGCCCCCGAGGGUGCCACUGCCUGCACCUUGGCCCCGCUUGACGCCCUGUCGCCCUCUCCUGCGUCGUCAGAGUGCAGUGCACCCGAACGGCCUUUGCUGGGGUGCCGCGAAUCGCGCCGCAAGCGCAAGGGCUUCGCCAGCCCACAGCCAGCCUCCUCUUCCUCGCCCCAGGUACCCAACCCCUCGCCCUCGUCAUCCUCAUUCCCCGAGAGCUCAGCGCAGGCCUUGGAGCCAUCGUUAGCCUUCUCCUGGACAUACCCUUUUGGCAUGGACCGCCGCUUCACCGCUGAUAAGGCCAAGCUGCCCGAGGGGCUGCUUGAGCCCGGGGGUGGACCAGCGGCAGCAGUUCAAGACCCUGGUGGCCGGGCACUGGUGGAGUACCUCUCCUGCGAAGGCACCCGUGGCCUGGGUGUGGCGGUGGGUGGGGCUGCCGCGACUGAGGAGGAAGAGGAGGACGUGCAGGUUAAGGUGGAGAGGCUAAGUGAUGAAGAGGCACACGAGGAGGCCUCACAGCCAGUCAGCGCCUCCCACAGCUCCCUGAGCGACCAGCAGACUGUACCUGGUAGCGAGCAUGCCCAGGAAGACCUGCUCAUCAGCCCGCAGUCCUCAUCUAUAGGCUCCAUGGAUGAGGGGGUGAGUGAGAGCCUUCAGUCCAUCCAGGGCACUCCUAAUGCUACUGGUCACAUGGAGGAGGAUGAAAGGCUGGAGAACGUGCAGUACCCAUACCACCUGUACAUCAGUCCAUCCGCCCGGGCGGGCGUCAAUGGGCCCGAGCGGCCCUUCCAAUGUCCCACGUGCGGGGUCCGCUUCACCCGCAUCCAGAACCUCAAGCAGCACAUGCUCAUCCACUCUGGCAUUAAGCCGUUCCAGUGCGACCGCUGUGGGAAAAAGUUCACACGGGCCUACUCCCUAAAGAUGCACCGGCUGAAGCACGAAGGUAAACGCUGUUUCCGGUGCCAGAUCUGUAGCGCCACAUUCACUUCCUUCGGUGAAUAUAAGCACCACAUGAGGGUGUCCCGCCACAUCAUCCGCAAACCUCGGAUAUACGAGUGCAAAACGUGCGGCGCCAUGUUUACCAACUCCGGCAAUUUAAUCGUACACCUGAGGAGUCUCAACCAUGAGGCGUCAGAGCUAGCAAACUACUUCCAGACCAGUGAGUUCCUCCUCCCAGACUACCUGAGCCGCAUGCAGGAGGAGGUGGAGAGCUUGGCCCACUUUGAGAUGACCGAGCAGGCCUUCAACUCUUCCGCCGCCUCCUCCUCUUCCUCGGUCCAAACGCCCGUCAUCUCCCAGGUCUCCUCCACCAUGAACUACGACCCCCGGGCUUCAGCAGCCCUGCCCCGGAACGUGGGUCCUGGGGGUGAGGCAGGUGGGGAGGGGGCGCCGUGCGAAGCGUUGAAGAGCACCGCCACCCUCGCCUAUCCGCCGGAGCCGGAGGAAGAGGAGAGAGAGAAUCAGGGGGAGGGACAGAAACAGAAGAAAGCACUUGUGUCGAUUACAAUCGAGUGAGGAGCGCCCCUUUUGUUCUCCAUGAGUUUUUGUGUGCGUGCGCGUGUCUGUGUAUGCGCACACUUACAAUGAAGAUUUCAGCUCUUGUGACCAGCAUAUUAUUAAAAAAACACACAAAACCCCCCAAACUCACUGGACUGUGUGUUGAGUGCAAUUCAGAAUAAUCCUGAUUCAGAGAAUAUCUGACUUUUUAAACACUUAAUAUUCAGUCAUGAACCAUUCUUUACAGAAAUGUGAAUGCUAAACAUUUUAUUAAUGUUUUGUUUUGCUUUAGAUAUUAAUCUGAGAACUUUUAUGUUCUGUUUGAAAAAACAUUUAUUCUGAAGUUCAGAGAUGCAAUGUUGAACUUUUAGACAUCACUUUUUUCUUUUUUCUUUUUUUAAACACUCCCAUAACUUUAUUUUUUCAUUGGAUUUCCCCAUUCUGUUGUCAGCUUCUAAUAUACUAACCCUCUACACAUUCAUGUGACAAGCUCAAAGUACAUGUAAAAGCUGUGAGACGAUGAACCACACCUCCUGCGGUGACACCUUAGCCUUAUUCAGUCAAACUGGAUCAUACUGGAUUAUGAGUGGAAGAACAAGUUGUUCCUUCUGGUUUUUUUUUUUUUUUUUUUUUUUUUUUUUUGCCUCCUACUCCUUCAAUGCAGUUUUGUUUAGUCUUACACAGCAGAGCGCCUUAACCAUAGCAAGCUGCUCAUCCUGGCCUGCCACCCAGAUGUCUGGAGGCUGACAGGUGGAGGACUCUUGAAAGGGGCUUCUGGGAAAUGUGAAAGACUGCAUUGCUGCUUCAUCUGCGUUGUCUUGGCAGCGCCGGAAACCCAAGCAGACGUCCGUCGAGAUGUGGUCACUACUAAGCCUGAUUUGGUGAAACAACCACAUAAACCCAUUUUGAGAGAUAAUGUGCUGGUCCUUAAUUUCUGUUAAACAGUGGUCACAAUCAGAAUUUCCCACUUAUAAUGUGAACAGCAUUUAGAGGUUUGGGUUGUAUUUGGGGUGGGAACUAUGAACCCCCUUCAUUACCUGUUUUUCUGCUGUAUACAGUAUAUCACACUGCUAGUUUGUCAGUUGUGACUCAUGCCCUUCAUUGAGGGGCACAACCCGUUUCAUUCUAAAAUAUUAGCAUAAACCUUUGGUUUAAGCAUUUCUUUAAUAUUGGGACACAUGGAAGAAAUGGCAUAGGUGUGAGAAGAGUGCAAGAAACAUUUCAGUAGCCAUUUUUGUAUUGCUAUGAUCAGUAUAUUAUGGAUUUUUUUUUCCCAUAAAUUAGUGCCAUGUUUGUAUGUAAUUAACAAUUUUCCAGCACAGUCUGUGACCUCUUGGCAAAAUAUGAGGAUUAUGAUUUAAAGUGUUAAAUUGUGAAAUAUGUAUGUAGCACUCAGUUUGGUCAUUUACCAAACACACACUUCUGUGAGCGUGUGUGGAAUAUUUUUUUCUGCAACUCCUUGUAUUUGACAUUGCACAGGGCAAUCAUUUGGCCAAAAGCUGCUCCAUUCCAAUGUGAUUCAAGGGUGUUUUUUGCGUUGUGCAAUAUUCGUCUUUGAUAGAUGACCGCCUUUUUACUUCCCGAACAUGCAAGAAUGUGAAAUGGAGCCUUUUCAUUAAUUGCAAAGGACAAUGAUGAACAGUAGGACUGAUAAUUGGCAGUAGGGGCCCUCAUGCCCCAAUGGAGUGGACUACCUUCUGAAGGACUUACUGGAGUUCUGAAGAAGCCUUUUGAACAUCAAUCCGACUGUUGCUCUACACUUGAAAAACCAAUUACCAACAAAGUACUACAGUAUUGAGGAAGACAUGGAAAGCCCCAGUGGGAUCUUGAUAUUAUAUCACAUUUAGAGUCAGUAUAUCUGCUGCAGACAUACAAGAAGAUUGCCCUUGAGUGUGCACCCCCCCCACCAACCACAACCAGAACUGCUGUGGCCAAAUGAAACCCCACCAUCUCCUAGCCUGAGUUGUGUAGUGAUGUAGUAUCCACAACACAAUAUUGCCUUCUGUCUUUCUGCAGUACCUGCAUGUUAUCCAAGUACAUAAGAAAUCUGAGCAAAAUCAGUAUAGCAUGGGUUGAUUUAAUUUUUUUUCCUUUCUUUUUUUCUGUUGGAUGUUGUUUCAGAUAUGUGUGGAACUUUGAUUUCUAUGUAAAAUACUCAACCUUCUAUGUCUGAAAUGUUUCAAAACAGAAAAAUUGAUGUUUUAAUGGUCAUGAUGCUUUUUUCUGAUCAUGCAUUAUUAAUAGUCACUUUAAAGUGGGAUUUUGUACGUUUCUUAUACCGACGUGAGUGUGAAUUGUUCUUUGACUUGAGCCUUGUAUUGUCCGCUUUUGUGACGAUGUCUUAAUGAUAUUUACUCUCAAUUCUUGUUUUUCUGUUCCUCCACUCCACCCCCAGAUCUGGUUUUACUUGUAUCUUGUGCCUUUGGAUAUUGAAACUGUAGUAUAUUUUAAUGGUAAAAACAUACAUUGAUAUGGAGUCAUACCAUUUUGUAGACAGAAUGCUGGUAGACUAAUGUAGCUUGUAACCUAAAAUAUUUUUGAAGUGCUAUACUAUGGGUUUAAUAUGUGUGCUUGUGUUUAUUUUGAUAAUGACAAAUGUACCUUUAUUGUUUUGUAUCUUUUCAGUGGUCCUUAUUAUGCCAAUGCUGUUUUGCUGAAUAAUGUUUUGUAAAAGACAGCAAGUUACAACUGAAAGUAAAUGGUUACAGCCUAACACCCACAAUAGAGCUUUGGCCUGUGCAUCCGCAUUGUAAUCAGUAUGCCAUACAGUGCGUGCGUGCGUAUGUGUGUGUUGCAAAGAGAUUCAUGUCUAGGAGGACAUGUGAAGGCGAUUAGACUGCAAAGGGCCAAACACAACUGCCCAUUGCAGAGCUGCACAAACAGAUGAAGGGAAGUGAAAGAUGUAGGCUCUUUAGUUUUGCCCUGGCUUCCUAGAUAAGGCUUAAAUGAAGCUGGUUGAAGACUGUGAACAACUGCUUGUGGUUAUGUGUCUUCUCACAUAGUGACCUAUCACAUUAGCCCAGUGAGAGAGACAGAAGCAGAAGAAGAGGCUUAGAAAGUGGGUCAACUCUGCAGAAACGCACCCAGAUGGGAGUCAGAUUAUGUGUGGGGCUGCAUUAGGGGAAUUGAUGGCUGUAAGCCAUUGUAAUGGAAGCAUUUUAUUAAGAACAGAGAUGGCAGAUGACUUUUUUGAUCCAGAAAACUGUGGCACGUGUCUGGCAGGUUUUCCUGUGAAUGAACACAUGCCCCUUAGGAUGGGCCUUUGCCACUGCAUGACGUGGAAGAAUGAUUGACUAUAUGGUAAAGCAAGGUGUAGUUGUCUUCGUACUACCAUGCUAGGACAAGGGGGUGGGGUUAAGGGUUCUUCAGCAUCCCCAUGACAUUGCCGAUGAGGUCCGUUUCUGAGGAGUCUCCACGGACAGCAUGCAGUUCUGGAGGUAGGAAGGCCCAGCUGUAUAUUGAACCAGCCUUUGGUGCACAUUGACCACUUAGCUGUGGCUAUUCUGCAGUCGCUCUUGACUUGGAGGGCUUCUGCAACACCUGGGUUAAUGUACUGGGCAUGUUUGCUGAUGACAAUUUGAAGAAGACUUGCAGUCUCAUAGAUGCAUCUAAUAAAAGUUACAGGAGGCAGGCCAGUGAAAUUGUCUUCUAUCAAACAAGGCCCUAUUAAACAGCUGACUAAUAAGUAGAAGUAUGCAAGUCUCAAGAGCCCUGGAAAUUCUCCAAAUCUGCUUUUUGCUUUUGCCAUGCAUUUUCUACUUGUUAACGUUAUAGAAUGUGUUAGACAUGCAGUCUCACGGUAUACCGUCCUAUUUAGGAUUUUGUCUUAUUUGUCUAAAUGGCUCCAGAAAAGCAUUUGAAAUGCACAGAAGGCCUUAAAACAAUAUGACAAGUUUCUGAGCAGCAUUUCUUUUAAUGAUACCAUACCCCUGAUCUUUCAGGAGAGGCCAAAUUAUUUUUUGCAUUUCCUAUUCUUUCUAAUUGUUUUCAUAAAUCUCAAGUCUAUAAAAAUACUGGAAAAUACGGACCGAUCAGUGGGGUUUUUGGGGCAUUUGAUUCAGCUUUUCCCCAGAUCCAUAUACCUAUAGCUUACAGCUAGUCAAGCUCAUGGUGUUUGCCCUCUUCUGUGCUGUCUAACUAUUGUCAUUUUGUUGGUGACCCUAUCUCACUCUGCCCAAGAUCAUAGAAAUAUCCACUAGUGCUGGAUUAGGCACCUGGCCAGAGUAGCACAGCAAAUGCCAAAACUCAGGCCUGAUUUUCAAAUGGUCAGAGUGGAUAUUAAAAUGGUUUCUGUUUCUUUUUUCUUCUACUUCUUUUAUUAAUUUCAGAUUUUGUUUAUUUCCAUAUAUGCAGAACUUGUAUUAGGUCAUGGCUGUCUUCAUAAGAGUGGAAGAGUCCUUGUGCAGACUUGCCCAACAAAAAGGGCAAAAGUGGGUCAAGUCUGUUCAUCCAAGCAGAUAAGCUGAAACAUCUCAGCUUGGUUACAGUAAAUACAAACAGUCUUUUCUGGUUGUUCAAAUGAGGUGCUAAAGCAGUAAAAAGCUUUGGGUUUAUCUAACAGACUGAUUUUGGAGAGCACAGUGAGUUUUGGGCUUAUAUACAAGAUUUACUGCAUUGAUGGCUUUUUUUGUGUGUGCUUUCUUUGUUUGGCCUUAAUUGUGUCUGGUUUCCAUCUAUAUGUGCAAGGCUUCUCUGCCCAGCUCCUGUGCAUCAUCGAGAUGUAUAUUUUUAUGAUACUUUUUUAGGAUUUCACACUGAAACAGUGGUCAUGAUAUUAUUUUCCAUGAGCACAUGUUCAAACAGGAUGCUCACCUGAAGAAGGAAAAAACUAGUGUUUGUGUUUCAAAAAUCUUCACAUACUUUAUGAGGACAUGAUCCUUUUGCAUCAAAUAUGAGUUUGGUCAGAGAUGUAGCUUUAGUCAAAUUAACAUUUUAGUCAAGCAAGAGCAUAUAUGAGGGAUUACUGACCAGCUAUACUAAGCUUGUUUGUAAUAGUGUUUAGUAUAUGCUGCCAAGGGCUGCUGUGGUGAGUGAAUUUGAACUUCAGAUGAGACAGGGCUGUGGAAUCUCAAUAACCUUGGAUGUUUACUUAAGUUCUUAGGUAUAAUAUAAUAGAACUAAAUGAUGACCUGAAGAUGAAGCAAGGAUUCAAGCAACAGAUUACAUAAUAAAAGACAAUAGAAGAUUUCAUUAAUGCUCAACUGUCCCAUUUCAUUCUGUCAGUAUGUUGUUGAGACUGCUUCUGAUACAAUGAUCAAGCCUACUUAGCAAGUAAUGAGCACCUAGUGUUCACUAAAUUUAUACUCUGAAAUGAACUGCAACAAAGAAUGUGUCUGAGUUUUGCUUUUUUUCUCAUGUUCGUUCAGAGCUCGUCAUUUCGGAAAACGGCGGUGGGCCGAUAAAGUCCCAUGACUCAUUUUGGACUACAAUGUCCAAGAAUGUUAUAAUUCUUGCCACGACAGUGAAAUCACCUCCUAGACAUUGCAUCCACUCGUUUUUGUCAGCUGAUGUUUGAGGCCGUUGCCUGGGAAACAGUUCACGUAGCCGCCUUCAUGGACUUGGUUGUGGAGUGAGCCAGAAAGCUGUCUGUGCUACGCCGUGUCAGGAGAGGCAGAGAGGACUAGACCGGCCCAUGGAUGAAGGAGAUACAGAGGCCGCCUCGUCUUCCUCCUUUUAUCUGAUGCACAGAUGAUGAUUGACCUGACCAUGCCUCUACCUAAAUCCCAUGAGAUAUCCCACGAGCAUGAUAUUUUGAACAGCGCAACAUGCUGCGUUUGUGCUGGCAUAAAGUAGCUCUGGCAUUCAGAUCAGUUAGCUUUGGCUGGCUGUAAAUCUGCCUUUCAAGGCAAAGCUUGUAGUCAAACGUGAGAGCCAUUUGAACUGUAGGCCAGGAAAUCUGGUCAUUAUUUCUAUGGGCUAUUUCAGUUUGGGACAUAGCCCUAAAAUGUUCAUGUGUUUCCAUGAUUUCAAUUAUAUGAUUCACUUGGCACAAAUGAACGUGUGAUACUGUACUCUGUUGUUACUUUACGGCAGUGUGCACCUCUUUGGUUUAAUUCUGAAGUUCAUUAAAAAAAUAGGUCAUUGUGGGCCUCUGAUUGGUCUUGCCAGUAUUUUACUGUCUGGACUUUAAGCAGUUAGAGGUUUGAAAGAUGGCUGUAUCAUUUUAAAGGUCUUAAUCACGCUAAUCAGUAAUUAAUUGUUGGCCAGACUAGUGUUCCACUUUUAUGAAGAGGUUUUUCACUUUCCUAAAUUGUUUCUUUUUCUCUUCUAAUUAAAUAUAAUGUGUCUCAUAAAUAUAAGGAAUCUCCAUGCUUCUUUGUGUUCCUGAGACAUGGCUGAAUGUUGAGAAAAUAAGGGAUAAUGUGCUUUUCAGUGUUCCAUGCUUUCACAUGUAUGAGUAAAACAAUUUUUCCAUUUGUUUCCCUUUCCAUGUUGAAAAACAGACAAAUCUGGCACAAAUUAUAAAACAUAAUGCAAGACAUAA